GACAUUUCAUACACAUCAUGGACGUAGAUAGCCUAAGUAAGGAUCUUUUCGUGAUACACACAGUUAGGAGUAAAAAAAAAACAAAAAAACACACAAACUGACAUCGUGACAGAUAUAAAAUCAAGAUGAUGGUGCGAAGGAAGCUGUACUACAUUUUUCUUCUUAUCGCGUCUGUUUUUGUUAUCAUCUACAUCAUCACCGUGCACAGGGUUGAAAACUGUAAGCUGAAAGACAGGAUGUCCGAAAGUAGAGAAUUGUCUUCUCUGGUGGGCACAAUCAACAGCGUCCCAGAGAUAAAUGGAACAGAGACAAUAGAAGAUAACCAAAAGACCAAAAACAUCGAGGACCUGGAUCCGGAUGAGGAGGUUCAGACCUAUGACCACUGGCCAAAACUGUCAAAGAAAUUCUAUCCCAAGCCCAUACCGCGCAGUACUUUUCGGCCAGACUACACGAUCACGUGGGACUACGACACCACGGAGUUCCUGAAACGUGCAGACGUCAAAGGUCAGCCGCCGAAAAUCAUCAUGUGGAUGGUCAAGACGCGCUACCUGCCUCCACUUCCGGAGCCUGUGCACAUGCGCUUUUGCCCGGAAAUGCCGUGCCGCAUGACGACCAACAAGCAGUAUCAGAAACAGAGCGCGGCCCUCGUCUGGGCAGGACAGAUCAUGCGUGACCCCGAACCUCCCAAGAGGUCACAUCCCGAUCAGGUUUUCGUCAUGCACAACCACGAAUCACAGGACCCUGGCUGGAUUCAGCUACCCAGUUUUCGCAAAAUAUCCUGGAAGUCGGCCUUCAACUGGACUAUGAGCUACAGGUUUGAUUCCGACAUCGUGGAUUUGUAUGGCUUAGUGGUGAAGCGGAAGACUGUUCCUGAGAAGAACUACACAGACAUCCUGGCCAAGAAGAAGCGCUUUGCUUUCUGGCUGGUCAGCCACUGCCCGUCGUACGGCCGGCGCGAGGACUACGUCAAGUUGCUGCAGCAGCACCACAUCUCGGUGGACAGCUACGGCGACUGUGGCUCAACCAAGUGUCCGCGCAGCCAUGAUGACGCCUGCUUCCAGUUGAUAGACACGGACUACAAGUUCUUCCUGGCCUUCGAGAACGCUUUGUGCAAGGACUACAUCACCGAGAAGCUCUUCCGCUACCUCGGGGCCAACGUCGUCGUCGUGGCGAGGGGCAGCAACGAGUACAGGUACCACGCACCACCUGGGAUCUUCGUCAACACGGCGGACUUCAAGACAACCAAAGAACUAGCUGACUACCUGCUUUACCUGGACAGCCACCCGGAGGAGUACAUCAAGAUACUCAAAAAGAAGGACCAGUACCAAUACCUUUACGAAGACUACCCGAUUCGUUCAGAAGAUGGUGAGGUGGUGUACAUGCAUUAUCAUUACGAAGCCGUCAGCAUGUGCGAGAUGUGUCGAAGGCUCUGGAAUCUGAAUACGUACCGGAAGUCCAUUCUGGACAUUGUGGAGUGGUUCGACAAAGAAAACUGUUAUCCUCCCACAGAUGUGAAAUGAGAUGACUGUUACAAAGUGAAAAAAAGCAAUGGUGGUGACACUUCUUUGCCGGGUGUGGUUAAAACAGAGUUGAGAAAAAGUGUUUUAAAGAAACAGUUUGAAAUGCAUAUAAGAGUAAAAGCAUUGACACACCCUUAUGCAUCAGAAAACUGUGUGCUCUGGAGUUUUCCAUUACAGAGAAACAGUACAUAAAGUCUUCAUAUACAAUUAGGCACUAAUAUCAGAAAAUAUAAAAAAAAAAAUUAGUUAAAACAAUUCAGUUAGAACAUCUUAUUGUAUAUUAACUUUUUAAUAAACUGGAUGUGAUAUCGUGUUUAUUAUGAGUGACAUACUUUGAUGAGUUUAAGCAUGACCUAGCAACUUGGAUAAAGGUCAUGAAAAUAGUAACAAAUCUCAAUUUCUUCUUAUAUUGAUAAAUAAGACUUCGAGUAUUUUGUAUUUGAGUGGAUGUGGGAAUGCAGCAGAAUAAAACCCCAAGCAAUUUAAACUGGAAUGUAAAACUUGCAUGCAUGGGAAAACUCUGCAAUAAAAAAGAAAUUUACUUAUGAACAUUUUCAUGGCACACUUGUUGAAGUUGAAAGUAUGAAAUUUUGUUUGAUUUAUUGUUUGUGUUUUAUUUUCUUCAGGAUACAUCAUUGUUUGUGCCUGUUAUACGAGAGACAAUCCUUGCGCAUAAACAUCAGUGUGAAUGGAUGUACUAUCGCAAAAUUAGUGUAAAUUCUUUU